GGAAUGGAUUUUGGAUUUGAUGACUUAGAAGGAUCAACUGAAUAUACAUUGAAAGUAGCAUGCAGGAAUGAAGUAGGAUACAGUGCAUUUACAGAACCAGUUUUAUUUGAAACAAGUGAUUACAGAGCACCACAUGCACCAGUUGUAAUCAGUUCAACAAAGUCGGACAAGCAAGACUUGUAUCUUUUAGAAUGGAUGCCACCCAAUGAUGGUGGAAUGGAAUUAAUUAGCUAUGGCAUUGCAUAUACAGAGGUCAUCGCAAAUGAUGUAGAAUUGUGGGAAACAAUAGAAAACAUUCCAAGCUACGACACACAGUACACCAUCAAUAAUUUGAAACCAAACACUGGAUACCAAAUAGAACUCUGGGCCAAUAAUAAGAUGGGAAAGGGUGAUGUAACGACAGUGGACAUGACAACGACAGCAGGAGAAUCAGUCAAUAAUCCAGAAUACCACAAUGCAGGAGCUGAAUCAAUAUUAAAAUAUAGUUUAUCACUUAUAUUUAUUUGUAUAACAGUAGCAAUAUUUAAAACAUAAGUUAGCAGUUUGUGUAGAUUUAAAUACUGUAAAAUACUUUAUUUUUGCUUGCAAUUUAUUUUAGCCGAAGGGGCUAAUCAGUUAAAAUAAAAUCCAGCAAAAAAAACUUUUUUCCCUAUAUUUUACAUUGAAGUCAUCAAAAAUCAGUGAAAAUAAAACACAAACCCUAAAAGUCGUUCCAGUGAAAAUCAAUUCUAGAUAAAAUAAAGUAUUUUACAGUACUACAAACUGCCAUGAAUCUGUGUUUUCUGACGUCUUUCAGACCUAAUACAAUCAAUACAAUCAAUGAAUGCUAACAUGAUCAGCUGAUCCAUUACUGUAGAGAUCUUGAAUAUCUCAGAAAGCACAUAUUCUAGUUUACAGAGGGCGCUAGUUAUGGAAGAAGAAUGAUUCAAAUAUACUUUCAAUUUAUCAACAAAUAGUAUAUUCUUCAAAAGUUAUUAUUGUCAAUAUUUCAUAAUAAAUUUAUGAAAUCAUGUGUGUGACAGUGACAUUAAUUUGAGACUUUACAAAUCAAGUCUAUCAAAAUAUUAUUUUUACAAUGGGGGCACCCUCUAUAGAAUAUAUAACUCCAGAUAAACUAUUUUCAACAGAAUUUUUUUAUACCAGUAUAGAUGUGAACUGUACAAAUCAUUUGUUUACAUGUUAUCUCCAAAAUUAUAAUAAUUUUAACAUCUGUACCUUUGUGAGAGAAGUAAAAUAUAUACUCAGAGAAAUCUAAUAAAGUU